CAGCAUGACAUAUCCAUUUCUGACGACGCCGAUGUGGGAACCGGAUAUCUUUACCUCAACAUACCGGAAGUUUAUCACCGGAUCUGUCCCACAAUUUUACGACUUUUUAAAGACAUUGAUCAACUCUGCUCUCACGGCCCUGUCUAUUCCUGAGGGUGACUUGACCUGGGCUUACGAGAGGGACGGACAGGGCAACCCAAGCCUGAUGGUCGUUCAGACCAAGGACUUCAGGGUGAGGGUUACCUCCGGGCCGUACGGCCUUGACCUUGAGGUUUGCCGACUGGGGCGGGAAGUGGGCCGGGCAGGAGAGCAAGUCUACAAACACCUGCACUUCCGGUUGUACCAGGCCAGGUACCUGGGAAUCACACAAGUGAAGGAGGGACGCUUGGUGGUCUGUGGAUCCGGGUGGAACCUCCGGACUGCCCGAUAA